CCCUGCCCAACAAAAUCAAGUAUACAGGUCUUUCCUCAACUAAUUUACCCCUUCUGUCACGGCGACCUUCCGCUCUUCAUCCAAUUCAGUCACCAUCCUCCGUCCAUUUCACGGCUUCACGCUCCACCGUCUUCUACUCAGCUCAUUAAACCCCGGCAUAGCCACUUUUCUCUUCUCAAAAUCCUCCAAGAAUGAAGAGAUUGAAGAGUUACUAUAUGCACUUUCGCCACCAUCAAGCCAUGGAGCGUAAAUGGAUCUUUCCUCUAGCUAUUGGGUCUAUUGUCUCUCUCUUUCUUCUCUUUCUCACUACCCUUUCCUUCCCUGAUGGUACCCCAUUACUCCCUUUGUAUCGCUCUUUCUCUUCUUUUAGUUCUAGAUUCGUUGAGCCUAAGCUUCAGCCAAUUCCUGUGUCCAAUCUCCCUCCUCCUCCUCGCUUUGCUUACCUAAUCUCUGGCUCUGCCGGAGAUGGGAACAUGUUGAAGCGGACUUUGCAGGCGCUUUACCAUCCGAAUAACAGAUAUGUUGUGCACUUGGACCGGGAAUCUUCUUCUGAGGAGAGGUUGGAUCUGCAUAAUUAUGUCAGGGAUAAUCCGAUUUUCGUCAAGUUUGGUAAUGUCCAGAUGAUCACUAAAGCUAAUCUUGUAACGUAUAGAGGUCCUACUAUGGUCGCUAAUACUCUGCACGCGGCGGCGAUCUUGUUGAGAGAGGGUGGGGAUUGGGAUUGGUUCAUCAAUCUUAGUGCUUCUGAUUAUCCACUGGUCACACAGGACGAUCUAUUGCAUACAUUUUCUUAUCUGCCGAGGGAUCUUAAUUUCAUUGAUCAUACGAGCAACAUUGGUUGGAAAGAGUUUCAAAGAGCGAAGCCAAUAAUAGUAGAUCCGGGGUUGUACAUGACAAAGAAGGCUGAUGUUUUCUGGGUUACUCAGAGAAGGAGUGUACCGACAGCAUUCAAACUUUUUACAGGUUCGGCUUGGAUGGCACUUUCUCGGCCGUUCAUUGAUUACACAAUAUGGGGUUGGGACAAUUUGCCCCGAGUUGCACUCAUGUAUUAUGCAAACUUUAUCUCUUCGCCAGAAGGUUAUUUCCACACUGUCAUUUGCAAUGCACAGGAGUUUCGCAACACAACUGUGAAUAGUGACCUUCAUUUCAUAUCAUGGGACAAUCCUCCUAAGCAGCAUCCACACCACCUCAACCUUGCUGACAUGCAAAAGAUGAUAGACAGUAAUGCACCUUUUGCAAGGAAGUUCCGCCGAGAUGAUCCAGUGCUCGACAAAAUUGAUUCUGAGCUCUUAUCUCGGGGUCCAGACAUGUUUACUCCUGGUGGUUGGUGCACAGGAAGUAGGGAAAAUGGAACUGACCCAUGUUCUACUUUAGGUGAUGCAACAAUCCUUAGACCGGGCCCUGGAGCAAAACGGCUGGAGAAUUUGAUAAGCACUCUGUUAUCUAAAGAAAAUUUCCGAACAAGGCAAUGCAAGUAGCAUUACAUAUGGAAGAAGGUAUUUUACGUACCAUUGAAGUAGCUUAUAUUGGAAUGGAAAUUCUAUGAUCACCUAAUCUGCAUACCCUCUGGUAGGAGAAAAAGAGUGCUGAAACUAUACACAGUUAUCUGGCUACAUGUUGUGGAGCAGACAAGAUGAAUUUUUUGGAAGGAUGGAUAUCAAUUACAGAGUUGGCAUUACUUUUCUAAUGUAAAAUCUUGUGUAGAGUACUGAACUCAUCCUUAUGACUAGAUGGCCAAAAAAUAUUUUUAUCCUUUCCUUUUUUUUUUUUUUUUAACUGUAUUUUCAAGUCCAAUCCUUCCAUCAUUUAACCCUGAAUCAUGUGGGGGAGCAAAUGAUGGGGUGGAUGAACACUGGCAAGAUUAAUGUUAGAAAAAGAAGAAGAGGGGAAGUUCAAGAAAAUUUACUUUAUGUUGCCUGAUCAGGAACAAUCAGUGUGGUAUGAAUGGUUAAAUUUCAGUAUUGAUGCUUUUUUUGGCGA